UGCCCCGCGCCGGCCAACGAGAGCAAAGUCAGUGACUCACCUCCGCCGCGCUAACUCCUCGCUAGCUCUCCCCUCACACACGCUCACACCCGGUUCGAGAUGGCGGCGGCAGCAGCGGGGGACUCUGACUCCUGGGACGCUGACACGUUCUCCGUGGAAGACCCGGUGCGGAAGGUGGGGGGCGGCGGCACCGCCGGUGGGGACCGCUGGGAAGGCGAGGACGAGGACGAGGACGUCAAGGAUAACUGGGAUGAUGAUGAUGAUGAAAAAAAGGAGGAAGCAGAAAUAAAACCAGAAGUAAAAAUUUCAGAAAAGAAAAAAAUAGCAGAGAAAAUAAAAGAGAAAGAACGGCAGCAGAAAAAAAGGCAAGAAGAAAUUAAAAAGAGGUUAGAAGAACCUGAAGAAACUAAAGUGCUAACACCAGAAGAACAAUUAGCAGAUAAACUGCGGCUAAAGAAAUUACAGGAAGAGUCAGACCUUGAAUUAGCAAAAGAAACUUUUGGUGUUAAUAAUACAGUUUAUGGAAUAGAUGCUAUGAACCCAUCUUCAAGAGAUGACUUCACAGAGUUUGGAAAGUUACUAAAAGAUAAAAUUACACAAUAUGAAAAGUCACUAUAUUAUGCCAGUUUUUUGGAAGCCUUAGUUCGAGAUGUGUGUAUUUCACUGGAAAUUGAUGACUUGAAAAAGAUUACCAAUUCAUUGACUGUGCUUUGCAGUGAAAAACAAAAGCAAGAAAAGCAAAGCAAAGCCAAAAAGAAGAAGAAAGGCGUGGUUCCUGGAGGGGGAUUAAAGGCCACCAUGAAAGACGAUCUGGCAGAUUAUGGUGGUUAUGAUGGAGGAUAUGUACAAGACUAUGAAGACUUCAUGUGACAUUUUA